AUGGAGAUUCAACGACGAACGAUUUCUCCAUACGACUUGACCUCGAACGACAAUCCCGGAAGCAUCAUAUCACGUCCUCUCUUGAGAGGAGAUAACUACGAAGAGUGGGCCAUCAACUUGGAGACGGCUCUUUACUCACGAAAGAAAUUUGGAUUUCUCGAUGGCUCCAUCAAAGCCCCAACCAAAGGAUCACCAGAUUAUGAUGAUUGGAAGCCAAUCAAUGCAUUGAUUGUCUCUUGGAUUAAGAUGACAAUCGAACCGAAGCUGCUGUCCAAUAUCUCACACAAGCCACUAGCACGAGAUUUGUGGAAACACAUAAGAAAGAGAUUUCGUGUUACCAACGGACCUCGAGUACAACAAUUGCGCAAAGAACUUGCAAAUUGUCAACAAGCUGGGAUGAGUAUUGAGGCAUACUAUGGAAAGCUUACGAAGAUUUGGGAUUGUCUUGGAUGUUAUCGACCUCCGCUGAGCUGUACAUGUGGACUUUGCACAUGUAAUUUCGGUGCCGAAGAAGAGAAGACAAGAGAGGAAGAUAAGGUUCAUGACUUUGUGAUGGGACUUGACGAAGAAGUUUAUGGAAUGGUGAAAUCUAACCUUCUUUCUCAAGAACCGUUGCCUACGCUUGAGUAUGUUUACUUGAAGGUGACACAAGAUGAGGAUGCUCGGUUGAAGAAAAAGAAUCCAGAAGAAAAAUCGGAGAACAUGGCAUUUGUGGCACAAACACAAAAGCCAAAGUAUCGAGGAGAUGAUAGAGACGUUGGAAUUGUCUGUUCAAACUGUGGACGAACAGGACAUCGAUCUGAGACUUGUUUUCACAUCUUGGGAUUUCCGGAGUGGUGGGGUGAUAGACCACAAAACCGUGUGGGUCGUGGAAGAGGAGUCGUACCAUCAACUGGGAUUUCACAAGGAAGAGGUGGAGUUGCUCGUGCAAACGUGGCAAGAGUAGUUGGACAGACCAACAUUGGAGUGGCAAAUGUGGCGGUCACGGAUGCAGACAGAACAGCUGUGUGCGGACUCACAGACAAACAGUGGCUCAAUGUUAAGCGUGUGAUGAACGCUGCGGCCAUCGGAGCGGACGAACAAUCAUCGGGUAAGUUGCUUUCUCCUUCUUGGAUAAUAGAUAGCGGAGUGACUCAUCACUUGACUUGUAAGAAAGAGAUUCUUACGAAUUUAAGAACAUCGACACCAACACAAAUAAUUUUGGCUGAUGGACGGACAAUGGUAGGAAACACAGUUGGAACAGUUGUAUUAAACUCUCAUCUACGAUUGAUUGAUGUGUUCUACAUAGAAAAUCUAGGGUUUGAUUUGAUAUCGGUUUCACAGUUGAUGGAGGAAAAUAAUUGUGUUAUACAAAUGUCUGUUCCAUUUUGCGUUGUUCAGGACCGCACUACGAGGAUGCUGAUUGGGAUAGGUAGACCAGUUGGAGGUUUGAUGUACUUUCAGAAUAUGGAGAUAGUCGCAACGGCAAAGGGUCACACAAGUCAGUCUGUGGAGUUGUGGCAUAGGCGUUUGGGACAUCCAUCUUUGAAAGUAGUGCAAAAGUUGUCUGGUUUUGGUUUUAUUAGCAAUAGUAGUGAUUUAUCGAAUAAGUUUGGGAAGGAAGUUCGAACGAUCCGUAGCGACAAUGGCAGUGAAUUCAUGUCAUUAACGACAUAUUUUUUAGAGGAAGGGAUCCAGCAUGAGACAUCGUGUGUUGGAACACCACAACGAAACGGUCGGGUGGAGCGAAAGCACCGGCACUUACUUAACGUGGCUCGAGCGGUAAUGUUUGAGGGACACUUACCGGUUGAAUUUUGGGGAGAGUGUGCACUUGCAGCUGCAUAUCUGAUUAAUCGAACACCAUCGAUGGUGUUGAAUGGCUAUCCUCAUGGAAAGAAAGGGUCGCGUGUGUUUGACUUGGAAAAAGAAGUUUUUUUUGUUUCACGAUAUGUGGUGUUUCGUGAAGACACCAUUCAUUUCCUGUCUACACAAAGGAGUAUAACUGAAGAUCCUUUUGCUGAUAUUGCACAUGCGGCUCUCACAACUGAUGAUGAUCAAGGAGACUCCGACAAGCCAUAUCCUAUUGCAGCUGUGGUUUCGUGUAGUCGGUUCUCUGAAAAUCAUAAAGUGUUUCUGGCCGCGAUCACUAGUGCGCAUGAACCACGAAGUUUUGCAGAAGCAAUGAAAGAUGAUCGAUGGAAAAAUGCAGUGGGUAGUGAAAUAGGUUCACUUGAGUUAAAUAAGACAUGGACACUUGAAGAUCUUCCAAAGAACAAAAAGGCAAUUGGUUGUCAAUGGGUGUUUCAUAUAAAGCAUCAUUCCGAUGGGACAAUCGAACGGUACAAAGUGAGACUGGUGGUGUUAGGAAAUCGACAAGUUGCUGGAGUAGACUAUGGUGAAACUUUCGCUCCAGUUGUUAAAAUGACUACGGUUAGAUCCUUUCUCUCUGUGGUUGCAGCUCGAAACUGGGAAGUCCAUCAGAUGGAUGUACAUAACGCAUUUCUUCACGGAGAUCUCGAAGAAGAAGUGUAUAUGACGUUGCCACCUGGAUUUCCUUCACGCAACGAUGGUAAGGUAUGUAGACUGCGGAAGUCGCUGUACGGGCUAAAGCAAGCUCCACGUUGUUGGUUUGCCAAGCUUGCGUCUUCACUCGAACAAUAUGGUUUUGAACAGUCAUUUGCGGAUUAUUCUCUUUUUAUCUACAAGAAGAAUGGAGUAGAAAUCAGGGUACUUGUUUAUGUGGAUGACUUGGUCAUCACGGGAAACACAGUUCAAGCGAUAGAAGACUUUAAAAAAUAUCUCAGCACAUGUUUUUACAUGAAGGAUUUAGGUGUGUUAAAAUAUUUUUUGGGUAUCGAAGUUGCAAGGAGUCCAAAAGGGAUUUACUUGAGUCAAAGGAAAUAUGUACUUGAUAUCUUGGCUGAGACCGGAUUGUUGGAUUUGAAAUCGAUAUUCUUUCCUCUUGAACAACAUCAUCGACUUGGUUUGGCAGUUGGUCCGUUUCUCUCAAACCCGGAACAGUAUCGACGUCUAGUUGGUCCUUUCAAUGUUGCUUUAGGGGAUUUUGGGUUUAUAGCCCUCGGAAUACGCCGUUCUGCUACGGUAGCUGAGGCUCUUUGUCAUAGGCGGCGCCGACAUAGUUUGCUUAUAUUGAAUCAGAUUGGGGACAAACUAGAUAGAGUUUGGUCUAGGCAGCAUGGGCCUCCACAACAAUGGUCUAAAGCGGUUUGGUUCUCCAACUCAACCCCAAAGUAUGCUUUCCUCACUUGGCUGGCUGCUCUUAAUCGAUUAACCACGGGUGAUCGUAUGUCUGGCUGGACUGGGGUGGUCUCUACAUGGUAUGUUUUUCUGGCCAACGUUCACUUUCUCUGGGGUGAACGCAAUGGUCGUCGUCAUGGGGAGGCUCCUAAGCCUCAUGGUCACCUUGUCAAGCUGCUUGACCGAGUCAUCGGUAAUCGAUUGUCAACUCUCACGGUAGGGGAGUCACCACCAGAGGAUGUUUUUGGCGUUUGGUUAGCUACACGCUACUAA